CCUCCAGUCGCCAGCUGCGGCACAGUGCGCGCGCGACAAGACCGUUCAACCCAGUGCGAUCACGCGACGCGAGCGACGAAUAGGGGAAGAGGACAGACAUGCGCGGCGAGGGAAUAGCAGCGUCAUAAGACUACCCUCGAGAUCAUCCACCAUGCUGCUGCUGCUGCUGCAGCCGUUCGUGGCGCUGCUCUUGGCUGCGCCCGCGACACCAGAGCGGCAGUUCAGCUUCACGGAGAAGCAGCGAUACGAUGGCUGGUUCAACAACCUGGCUCACCCGGACUGGGGCUCCGUCGACAACCGGCUUCUGAGGAAGAGCCCUGCGGCCUACACGGACGGCGUGUACAUGAUGGCGGGCCAGAACAGACCCAGCCCUCGCAAGCUGAGCCAGCUGUUCAUGAAGGGCCAGGACGGGCAGGGCUCGGCGCGCAACCUCACCGCCAUGCUGGCCUUCUUCGGCCAGAUGGUGAGCUCGGAGAUCCUGAUGGCGAGCGAGAGCGGCUGCCCCAUCGAGCUGCACCACAUCGAGGUGGACAAGUGCGAUGAGACCUACGACGCCGACUGCCAGGGCGGCAAGUACAUGCCCUUCCACCGAGCCGCCUACGACCGCCGCACCGGCCAGAGCCCCAACAGCCCGCGCGAGCAGCUGAACCAGAUGACGGCGUGGAUCGACGGCAGCUUCGUGUACAGCACGAGCGAGGCGUGGGUGAACGCCAUGCGCUCCUUCAAGAACGGCUCGUUCCUCACGGACCACUCCAGGAAGCUGCCCGCCAGGAACACCAUGCGGGUCCCGCUGUUCAACUCGCCGGCGCCGCACAUGCUGCGCAUGAUGAACCCCGAGCGUCUGUUCCUGCUGGGCGACCCGCGCACCAACCAGAACCCGGCGCUGCUCGUGUUCGCCAUCUUGUUCUUCCGCUGGCACAACGUGGUGGCGGCGCGAGUGCAGGCCCGCCACCCUGAGUGGCCCGACGAGGAGGUGUUCCAGCGCGCGCGCCGCUACGUCGUCGCCACGCUGCAGAACAUCAUCGUGUACGAGUACCUGCCCGCGUUCCUGGGGGAGGAGCUGCCCCCCUACAGCGGCUACAAGCCCGACCUCCACCCGGGCGUCAGCCACGUCUUCCAGAGCGCCGCCUUCCGCUUCGGCCACACGCUCAUACCGCCCGGCAUAUACCGCCGAAACGGCAAGUGCCACUUCAAGAGGACGCCCAUGGGCUACCGCGCGCUGCGGCUCUGCUCCACUUGGUGGGACUCCCAUGACGUGCUGGCGGACAGCUCGGCGGAGGAGCUGCUCAUGGGCAUGGCGUCGCAGGUGGCGGAGCGCGAGGACACCGUGCUCUGCUCCGACAUCCGCGACAAGCUGUUCGGGCCCAUGGAGUUCUCGCGCCGCGACCUGGCCGCGCUCAACAUCAUGCGCGGCCGCGACAACGGCCUGCCCGACUACAACACGGUCAGGUCCCACUUCAAGCUGCCGCGGAUCAGCGACUGGACGGAGAUCAACCCGGAGCUGUUCGCCGAGAAGCCGGAGCUGGUGCGGCUGCUGGCCGCGGCCUACUCCAACCGCCUGGACAACGUGGACCCCUACAUCGGCGGCAUGCUGGAGACGCGCGCCGGCCCGGGCGAGCUCUUCACCGCCGUCAUCAAGGAGCAGUUCGCGCGCAUCCGCGACGCCGACCGCUUCUGGUUCGAGAACACCGAGAACGGCAUGUUCACGCAGGACGAGGUGGAGGAGAUACGCGGCGUGCGGCUGCGCGACGUGAUCGUCAACUGCACGGACAUCUCGCCCGACGAGAUCCAGGAGUCGGUGUUCUUCUGGCGCGACGGCGACCCCUGCCCGCAGCCGGUGCAGCUCAACAACAGCCUGCUGGAGCCUUGCAAGUACCUCAAGGGCUACGACUACUUCGAGGGCAGCGAGCUGGUGUACAUCUACGCGUGCGUGUUCCUGGGCUUCGUGCCGAUCGUGUGCGCGUGCGCCGGCUACGGCGUGGUGAAGCUGCAGAACCGGCGGCGGCGGCGGCUCAAGGCGCGCCAGGAGGAGCUGAAGAGGGGCGGCGCCGCGGCGCGCACCGUCGACAAGAUGGCGGUGCGCGAGUGGCUGCACGCCAACCACCGCCGCGUCGUCAAGGUCAAGUUCGGGCCCGACGCGGCCUUGCACACGGUGGACCGCAAGGGGGACAAGCUGCGCACCGUCAGCUUCAAGGAGGAGGACACUCUGGUGGUGGAGGAGUCCCAGAGCGGCGAGGGCGUGAGCAAGAAGCGGCCGCUGGCGCUGCUGAAGGUGCCCAAGGACCACGACCUGGUGCUGGAGUUCGACACGCUGGCCGCGCGCCGCAAGUUCGUGUCCAAGCUCGAGGGCUUCCUGGCGGCGCACAAGAAGUCGCUGGCGUGCGUGCAGUCGCCGCGCGAGGCCAUCGUGGCGAACGCCGAGACGCGCGAGCGGCGCCAGAAGCGGCUGGAGCACUUCUUCCGCGAGGCGUACGCGCUGACGUUCGGGCUGCGGCCGGACGAGCGGCGACGCGGGUCGCAGGACGGCGAGGUGGUGACCGUCAUGCGCACGGCGCUGUCCAAGAAGGAGUUCGCCAGCGCGCUGGGCAUGAAGCCGGACGCGCUCUUCGUCAAGAAGAUGUUCAACAUCGUCGACAAGGACGCCGACGGCACCAUAUCCUUCCAGGAGUUCCUGGACACGGUGGUGCUGUUCUCGCGCGGCCGCACCGAGGACAAGCUGCGCAUCAUCUUCGACAUGUGCGACAACGACCGCAACGGCCGCAUCGACAAGGGCGAGCUGUCCGAGAUGCUGCGCUCGCUGGUGGAGAUCGCGCGCACCACCAGCCUGUCCGACGACCACGUGACCGAGCUCAUCGACGGCAUGUUCCUGGACGCCGGCUUGCAGCACAAGGCGUCCUUGACCUACAAGGACUUCGAGGUCAUGAUGCGCGACUACAAGGGCGACUUCGUGGCCAUCGGGCUGGACUGCAAGGGCGCCAAGCAGAACUUCCUGGACAUGUCCACCAACGUCGCCAGAAUGACGAGCUUCCACAUCGGGCCACUGCAGGAGCCCAGACGCAACUGGAUCACCAGGAAGUGGGACACCAUCACCACUUUCCUGGAAGAGAACCGCCAGAACAUAUUCUACCUGUUCGUGUUCUACGUCAUCACCAUCGCGCUGUUCAUUGAACGAUUUAUACACUACUCGUUCAUGGCGGAGCACACGGACCUGCGCCACAUCAUGGGCGUGGGCAUCGCCAUCACGCGCGGCUCGGCCGCCUCGCUGUCCUUCUGCUACAGCCUGCUGCUGCUCACCAUGUCGCGCAACCUGCUCACCAAGCUGAAGGAGUUCGCCGUGCAGCAGUACAUCCCGCUCGACGCGCACAUCCAGUUCCACAAGAUCGCCGCCUGCACGGCGCUCUUCUUCUCGCUGCUGCACACCGUGGGGCACAUCGUCAACUUCUACCACGUCAGCACCCAGCCCAUCGAGCACCUGCGCUGCCUCACCAGCGAGGUGCACUUCCCGUCCGACUACAAGCCGGGCAUCACCUUCUGGCUCUUCCAGACCAUCACCGGUCUGACGGGCGUGCUGCUGUUUGUGGUGAUGGUGAUCAUCUUCGUGUUCGCGCACCCGCUGAUCCGCAAGAAGGCAUACAAGUUCUUCUGGUCGGCGCACAGCCUGUACGUGGUGCUGUACGCGCUGUGCCUGGUGCACGGGCUCGCCCGGCUGACGGGCGCGCCGCGCUUCUGGCUCUUCUUCGUGGGGCCCUUCGUCGUCUACACGCUGGACAAGGUGGUGAGCCUGCGCACCAAGUACAUGGCGCUGGACGUGAUCGAGACGGAGCUUCUGCCGUCGGACGUGAUCAAGGUGAAGUUCUACCGGCCGCCCAACUUCAAGUACCUGUCGGGCCAGUGGGUGCGGCUGGCCUGCACCGCCUUCAAGACGCACGAGUUCCACUCGUUCACGCUGACGUCGGCGCCGCACGAGAACUUCCUGUCGUGCCACAUCAAGGCGCAGGGUCCGUGGACGUGCAAGCUGCGGAACUACUUCGACCCGUGCAACUACAACUUGGAGGACCGGCCCAAGAUACGCCUGGAGGGGCCGUUCGGGGGCGGCAACCAGGACUGGUACAAGUUCGAGGUGGCGGUGAUGGUGGGCGGGGGCAUCGGGGUCACGCCCUACGCCUCCAUCCUCAACGACCUGGUGUUCGGCACCUCCACCAACCGAUACUCCGGGGUGUCGUGCAAGAAGGUGUACUUCCUGUGGAUCUGCCCCUCGCACAAGCACUUCGAGUGGUUCAUCGACGUGCUGCGAGACGUGGAGCGCAAGGACGUGACCAGCGUGCUGGAGAUACACAUCUUCAUCACGCAGUUCUUCCACAAGUUCGACCUGCGAACCACCAUGCUGUACAUCUGCGAGAACCACUUCCAGCGGCUGUCCAAGAUGAGCAUGUUCACUGGCCUGAAGGCAGUCAACCACUUCGGACGCCCGGACAUGUCCUCCUUCCUCAAGUUCGUGCAGAAGAAGCACAGCUACGUGAGCAAGAUCGGCGUGUUCAGCUGCGGACCUCGGCCGCUCACCAAGAGCAUCAUGUCCGCGUGCGAGGAGGUGAACAAGGGCCGCCGCCUGCCCUACUUCAUCCACCACUUCGAGAACUUCGGCUAGGAGCCGGCCGUCCCAAGCGACCUACCAAGUUCCUAUACCUCGCUGCCACGCCGUCAGCUGCUGCUGCUCCUCGUCCGAGACAGACCGACAGAUCAACCAACCCCGCCGCGCUUCGACCUGCGAGUUCCCCCCCAGUUCAUCGCACGCCUGGUUCCACGAUCAACCAAGCCCUUGGCCGGUUCAUCCCAGUGAUGUUUACACGCCUGGUUCCACGAUCAACUGCACACGAUCAACCAAGCCCGUGGCCGGUUCAUCCCAGCGAUGUUUACACACCUGGUUCCACGAUCAACUGCACACGAUCAACCAAGCCCGUGGCCGGUUCAUCCCAGCGAUGUUUACACGCCUGGUUCCACGAUCAACUGCACACGAUCAACCAAGCCCGUGGCCGGUUCAUCCCAGCGAUGUUUACACGCCUGGUUCCACGAUCAACCAAGCACGUGGCCAGGAUUUUGCGUGUGUCUUUAUCAGUGUAACCAUUACAUCAUUUUCGUGACCGAGUUUUCUUUAUGGUUGAAUUUUAAAAUUAAUAUUGUCUCACUAAAACCCCAAGGGAUAGUAGACUUUUAUAACUCCAACAUUCACGCAUAGUAAUAUUUAAGUGUAAUAAUUUUUUCUUGAUAAAAGAAAACUAAACAUUUAUAUAUUUUGGCUUUUAUUUGUCUUUCAUACUCUGUUUUUAUGUUAAUUAUUUGAUGGAUUCGCUAAAAAAAAAAAAAAAAAGUCAAAAGCACAUACUGGAAGUAGAUCACUAGAGACCAGAAAAAUUCGCGAUUUCAAUGACCUGCAGGAUAGACUCCAUGAUCCUCUAUGCAUGCGGGAAAAUGACAUCUGCUCAUUGGCUACUGACUCGUGAUACCUGUUAACUGGGAUGCUAGUGAUUCGAUACUUCUUUUGUUAACGGUUUUUCAUUGGCCGAGUGCCAUUCAGAUAAACUGUUGCCCAAUCACUGAUGCGGUAAAAAGGCAAACGUUUUUGGAUUCUAGCCUAUCGCGAAAGGAAUCCGCAAAUUUUUCCGGUCUCUAUAGAUCACUUGUAAAACAUAAUGCUUUCCACUUCUGUGUACGGGCAUUUCGGGCUGUGAUGGUAAGGGACCACAUUAUAUCAUCCCACGGAGGUUUUACAAUAAUUCCUUUAAAAAUAAUCUCUCUGUGAACUUAUGUAGCUCAGUUGCUUUAAUUUUCUCUUUCUGUCUUUGCUUGUGUUUCUUUUCUUUUGAAUCCGGGAAAGGAAGGGUCAGGAUCCCCCCUGGAUAAGUCCCUGGAUCAACUCUGUGUCCAUCGGCUGCUGGCACAUUUCAUCUUCCGUCAAAUGAACCAUUCUUCUCUUUCUUUAGAGAGUAUCAAAACCACCAACGAUCCAAUGAGAAUAGAGUUCAAAUGUAAUAACGGUGAAUAUUCCAGCCCCACUCCAAACAAUAAUGUUUGGAACGUCUCUAUUAAGAAUGCUUGGAUUUUCCCAUCUUUUUGCUAUGAUUUUAAUUUUGAAGUAUUAAUCACAAUUUUUGGCAUGUAAAAGCAUAAAUAUGUAAUAUCUCAAAAUAAAAAUUUCUAAAAUUUUCCUACAAAAAAUAUUUUUAUGACAGUUACAAAUUUCAAUUUUAAAAAAUAUUGUUCAUCUUGUAAAUAUAAACCAAUUUGUGAAUACUUGACAUCCUUACUGUUAAUCACUGUGAAUGUUUUAUGUACAUUUAUAAAAUAAAUUAUGAAUUGAUUACAAGCCAUGUUAAUCGAGAUCAACAUUUUAAGUAAAAAAUAUGUUUGAAAAUACUUAAAAGCAGCUUUUAUGUUCACUCUUAGUCAGAAAACAUUCAUAUUGAUUUGACAGUACAUCACAGAUCAUUAAAGUGUACAUGUAUUAAGAAAUAAGUUUAUAACAUUUUUAUUUGAGGUCUUGACAAUGCCAAAACACAUUUAACCCUUUCAACACUGAAUUUUAAUACCCAUUCAUUUUACUCUCUCCAUUUGUGAUUAAUUUUGUCAAUUCUCACCUUAUUUUGGAACAUGGCAUAUCAAUUUUAUCCUCCCUAAAAAAACAUAACUUUUAAACAAGUGUGACAAAUUUUUGAAAUUUGUACCCUUAUAUUUUUAAGUUAUUUUUCAUGAACCAGUAUUUCUUAAAAUAAUACAAAAUAGUUUCUGAAAUGCUUUUUUUUUAUUUUUAUCUGUAUAUAUUAAAGUAGUUUGAAAAUCAUUCAUUAUUAAUUCUAAUACUAUUGCUUGGUUGUAUUAAAAAAUUAAGACCCAUAAGCAAUUAUUUUUUCCUCAAAUAUUUUGUAACCAUUUGCUACCACAUAAUUUUAAGUGUUAAUCAUGCAGAUUUUCCUAAAUUUUUAUUUUGAUUGACUACUAAAUCUGUGUUAAAAAAAAAGGUUUUUGAGGAGAGAUUGUAUUUUUUUUUCUACAAAGACAACGAUACUUAAUGAAUAAAAGACUGUGUGCUCUUUUAAAGAAGCACUCUUUUAGGAACGAGUUUCCAGAUAUUAUAAUGUGUAUGAAUGUGGAAUGAUGGUAUACAUAUGCUUUAAACUGCGGUAAUGUAUCACAAUUUUAUUUUAAAAUAAAAAAAUUAUGACCAUACUUAUUCAGUAUUAAGAUGGAUAUAUUCAUAUAUGAUAUUCAAUAAUUAUCUCGGACAGAGACAUUGUAUUUUCUGUUGAUAUAAGAUAAAAAACCUAAAAAGUAAGAAUGUUGUAUAACUGGAAGAUACUAAAUUUUGUGAAUGAAAGCUAUAAUAAUUUGUAUUUACAAUCUAGAUGUUAUUUUAGAUAUUUAUUAUAUCAGUUUCUACCUUGGUGUAAAUUUUUGUAAAAAAAGAUUUAUUGUACAUAUAUAAUAAAACUACUGUUGUAUAUAUGGUGACUGUAUUUUUUGUACAUGUUAAAUUACAAUGUAAUAAAAAUUACAGAGAAA